AUGGCCGACCCCGACGACAACCACCACCUGCACGACGUGCGUGCAGCCAUUAAAAGGCUCCCCACCGCUGCCAAUAUUGGUGACUGCCAGAAGCGCGAAGACGAGGCCAAAUUUGAACUAACGAAGAGAGUCACCAAGCCUGGUCUAACCGACAAGGACUACCACGAUAUCCUCACACGUUUUGCCCAAGAGAACCUCGACCAGCGGUCUCUAUGGCUGCAUGCCAAGCCUUCAAAAACUGGCUCAGGCAAAAGGCCCAAGGCCCAGCGCAUAAUGAUGUCUUGUGCUGAAUGUAUGCGUCACACCGUCGAGCUCGGCCUGCUUACCAUCCGCUACAAGACUAUGAGAGCACUCGUCGACCACAUUCUGCAGGCGCUUCCAGAUCCAUCCGGUAGUGGCUACAUUGACCCUCUCGUUCCCGGCUACAUCAAGUGUUUGCGCCUGGUCCUGCAGCAUCCACCCCACGUUGAGCACUUGCCCGUCAAGGAAUCGAGCGCCACUAUGAAAUUCUGCCUCGAAGCCUUCACUGCCCUUGCUCCUGAAACACAGCCUCCAGGGGCCACAAAACGCUAUGCCACCCCCGCAAUGACCCCGGACCCCUCCGGCGAGGCUCCUGCAAGGCGUGAGGGAGCCUCUAGCCAGCGCAAUGCCUCCAGCUCGCACGCCGCAGUAGACGAUCUCCUAGUCUGCAUUAGAUGCCUUGUCACGGCAACCAAUGCUCCCAUGCCGGCCGCUGCCUUGGCUGUCAUUCCUACAUUCACGGAAUGGAUAAGCUCAUUUCGAAGCUUUACCAUGUCUCAGGUUGAUGCCUUUGCUGCCAUCAAUGCUGUACUAUCCAGAACUUGUCUUGGCUCAAUAACUUCUACUCAGCACGCAAUUCGCGGCUUGAUACCAAUCAUAACGCGUCACUGGUCUUCAAAGCUGACUUCUCUGAAAGAUGAGAUGUUUAAUACUCUGAUACUGUGCAGGGCACAUAUUCACCACAUGCUGAGAGAGCCACAGAUUGACACCGCGGAUCUCCGAAUCGACUUGGAAAACCUUAUUGAGGCAAUGCAUGCUGAGUAUGUCAAGCGCACGGAGCGCGAGCAGCUGCAGCUCGAGGAUAUUCGACUACGCUGUGCAAGCGAGUAUCCCUACGACGAAUCGCCUUUCAACCUGCCAGUGUUCCGACUAAAGCCAGGAAACCCUCGGUCUGAAUACAGUUGGGCUGUUCUCUUCUUCGUCACUGACUUGGUCAAUGCUCUUCAAUCGACUCGAUCCCAGGCAGACCGUCGAGGAGUGCAAGAGACGCCCAGCAAAAAGCGGCGCACAUCAGACUAUCUACAGGACUACCUCCGCCAGCUAUCAAGCCCACAGUCUUCGGAAAAGCUUUUUGCUCUUCAAAUCAUCACUUUCAUAGUACAGCAAGUCCGUUUGACAACGGAAGAUAUUCGCCUGGUCCUGGAGAGAUUAACAUCCAGACUCUCCGAUGGCAAUCCUGUCACAUUGAACUGGGCGAUGCUUGGAACUGCUAGGUAUGAGUGUUCCUGA